GUCUAUAAAGCAUUGUCCUCGUCGGUCACCGAGUGCAGUAACCCGCGAGCUUCGCUUUGAAAGACCGUAGGGAUACAGUCUCGAGGAAAUUGAUUUUCCAAACGCCGGCACAGCUUUCUUCCGAAAACUCGUGAUUGAUCGGCGAUACGAUGAACGCGAUUAAGAAACGUCUGCAGACUCUAAAGAUCGAGAAGGACCUGGCAAUGGAUAAGGCGGACAUGUGCGACCAACAGGCGAAGGAAGCGAACCGGCGAGAAGAAAAGCUGAAGGACGAGGUGCGUGAACUGGCGAAGAAAUUGAUACAAAUGGAACGUGAUUUGGAACUGAGCAAGGCCCAACUGGAGAAAUCGAAUAGAGAUCUCGAGCAGAAGGAGAGGGUUUAUAUCGUGACUCAAUCGGAAUUGGCGGUUUUGAACAGAAAGAUGCAGCAAUGUAUACAUAACUUGGAGAAAUCGGAGGAACGUCGUCUGACGGCCCAAACGAAGUUGGCGCAGGCGAUGGAGACUGCUGAGGAUGCAAAACGCAUUUGCAAAGUGCUGGAGAACAGGAGCAAGCAGGACGAGGAGAGAAUGGACCAAUUGAUGGCACAAUUGAAAGAAGCGAGGCUGAUCGCCGAGGACGCGGAUACAAAAUCGGACGAGAUCUCGAGGAAGUUGGUCUUCGUGGAAGACGAACUGGAGGCUGCCGAAGAGAGGGUGAAGUCGAGCGAGGCGAAGAUUGUGGAACGAGAGGAUGAACUGUUCAUUGUCGGCAACAUAUUGAAAUCUCUCGAAGUAUCUGAAGAAAAAGCUAAUCAGAGGGUGGAAGAAUUUAAGCUGCAACUGAAGGAAUUGAAAGCGAAACUGAAAACCGCCGAAAAGAGGGCCAUCAUCGCAGAGAAGAUGGUGAAAGUAUUUUCGAAGGAACUGGAUGCGAGAGAAGAUUUCCUGUUCAGAGAAAAAGAAAAAUACAAAUACAUCUGCGACGACAUGGACUCCACGUUCUCCGAACUCACCGGAUACUAGCGAACCUUUCGUCACGCUUAAACACUAUUUUCAACAUCGGUGUGCAUUUAUUUUGUGUUCUUUUUUAUUAAACAUUAAAUUUAAACUUCCACGCUA